AAUCCCCUGCCCCGGCGGAUCCCCCCACCGCGGGAGACCCUGGUACUUUGGCCCCUGGGGCGGGAUCCUGCCGCCGCCUGCGGACCGCUGGGACUUUGCGCUCCCGCCGCUGACCCCUUCUCGCUCUCGCCCUCCCUCCCUCGCACGCUUCCCACCGGCCUCUUCCCUUCGCAACCGGGGGGCCAGAAUGUCGGAAAAACGCGUUGAGGAAGCACCGGCGGAGCUGAGCGCUAAGGAAAGGAAAGAAAAGAAGGAAAAACUCGAAGAGAAGGCGGUCCACAAAGAAAAGAAGAAGGAGAUAGUAGAGGAUGAGGAGAACGGAGCUGAUGAGGAUGAUGAAGAGAAUCCUGAUGAUGUGGAUGAAGAAGAAGGGGGUGAUGAGGAUGAAGAAGCAGAUGAGAAUGGGCAGGAGCAGGAUGGCCACGCAGAGAAGCGAUCUGCAGAGGAGGAGGAGGAUGAAGUGGAUCCAAAGAGACAGAAGACAGAAAAUGGCUCUUCAGCUUGAGUCCUCCCCUCCCAUCUCCCCUGUUCCGUCCAUCUCUCCUCCUCCAUUCCAGCCUGUGCUUGCACUGCCCGUUAGCCUCUGGCUUCACACAAUCUCAGAUGAGGAAAGAUUAGAAAUGCUCUCAAACGGGGAAGACAGCAGUUCCCUUCUCUCCCAAAGACCUAGCCCGUCCAUGACAUCAUUCCCCAGCUGAAAUUUCCCCCGUCCCUGCAUCCCUUCACCACGCCCCACUUCCCAGUGCUCCUCUUCCCUCAAGAAUCUCAUGGUUUCCUGGGCACACCACCUCGCCAGGCGCUUCACGUGGCAAAGCACCUCCCGUCCCCUUGUCACCUGCCCACCUGUUUUUGUCACUGGUGUGAGAUUCUUGAGAGCUCCCGCUCCCCAGCCCUGCUGCCAGAGCUCCUCCCUGAGCCAGGAGGUGCAGGCACAGAUCUCAUGGUGCGUUCCCCAGUCCCAGGCCUCUUCUCAUCCUGCAGCUUUCCCGCUGAACCCUGAGAGACAAAGAAUAUUACAAGCAAAUAAUGGUUCUAUUAAGCGACACACGGAGACAGGAUUUAUUUUAAGCUUUUCUUUUUUUUUUCCAAGUUUACAUGACAGCAAGCUGGCCCUCGUGAAUUUUUUGGAAGAUAAGGGUUGCUUUUAUAUAUGAAUUUCAUCUGAGCUGUGUAUUUUUUUAAUUUGGAGGCUUUUUUAAAACAAAUCAAGAGAGACACAAUUGGGGACCAAACUUUGAUUUCCAUUUUUUCCCUUCAGAUUUUCUUGUGACCAUUUUUUGUAAAUUAAAGGCAAUAUAGCCACAGCGUUUUCUAUGGCACAGACAUCACGAGGAUGAUAGAUAUAAAUAUAUAUAUUGUUUUCAACAAGCACUGUAAAUAAAAGCGUUUAAAAUGUUUCAAA